AUUACCUCAUUUCUACCUUACAGCGUCAUUACGACAGAUAUUACUAAUAACUUGUGCUUGUGCUUGGGCUUGUGCUUUUCACUAGGCACGUUUCUAGAGAUGAGCAAACAGCUAGACGACAAAGUGAAGAAGUCGUUGAAGUUUAGAAAGAAAUUGAAGCGAAUCUCCGAUGAUCUCACCUCCCGUGAAGUGUAUCAACUGAAAUGCUUAGCUGCCGAGCAUAUUCCAGCUGGAGAGCGUGAACGUAUCACAAAUGGCAUGAAACUUUUCGAAUCUCUAGAGAAACGACGUCUCUUGCAAGAUGGCAACGAGGACUACCUGAUUGGACUCCUUCAACAGAUUGGACGACGUGACAUUAUUAGCAAACAGGAGCUAACGGUGUCAGGUCGAGAGAGCCUGAAGAAGGAAAAGGUUGAGAACACAUAUAACUCUUUGCUACAUGUAGUGGGCGAGCAGCUUGUAUCCGCGGAACUAGACGCAUUGAAAGGACUUGUGGUGGACGUUGUUCCUCGUGGUAGACUGCAGCAUGUGAUUAGUUCUAUGUCUUUGUUUGCGGAACUAGAAGGUUGUGGUUUGCUCUCUGAAUCAGAUCUGAAUUUUUUGAAAGAUUUACUUGAAACAGUUGGUCGAAUUGACUUGGUGAAAGUCCUUGAUAACUUUAAAGAGAAGAGAGAAGUAAUUAGACCAAGUGGAAGGGGUGGUCAAGUGGACACACAUCUUCAUGUUCCUCAAACACAUGUUACUACUUGUCAAGAAUAUCUAGGAGAAGAAAGAAGCCGUAUUGUUACUCAUCCUGAAGAUGAGUGUGAUGAGCACUUUGUUGUUAUUAAUUCUCAAACCCAUGAUACCCGUAUUUUUGAUGAAUCAACAAAGAGAAAGCAGUCUCCUUGUUCACAUGCUAGCAUAGUACAUGAACCGACAUCAACUGACUUUCCAGAGUCAAUGGAGUCUUCAGUAGACGAUCCUCCAUCUACCAGAAGAGAUCAUGGAGUUGGCAUGACAUCGGGAGAAUAUUACAUUGCAAACCAGUUACGAGAAAAAGCAGAGCAACAUUUUCCUGUGGAGACUGAAUUGGGUCAGACUGGAGGUUCUGUUUCAUAUCUAGUAGCACAAAGGGCUGGCGAGAACAGAUAUCAGUCAUCUAACAUGCAUGAACUGCCACCUCAGGUUGAAGCAGCAAGAAGGUUAGAAGAGCAGCGAUUAAGGGAGGCAGAGGCAGAAAAGAACAGAGCAAGGAUUGAGUUUAUGCAAGUGCAGGAAGAGCUUGAGCAGACACAACAAUUAAUUGCUGAACAACAGAGGGCACAAAUUACAUUACAGCAGCACUGGGAUCGAGAACGAACAAAAAGAGAGGACCUUGAGACAGAAAGAAGAGUUUUGCAAGAAGAGGUGAGAUUGCUAAAAGCCAGGGAAGAGCAGUUGUUACAACAAGCACAACGACCAACCGAACCAUUGCCAGAUCUUCAGUGCUACCCAAUGACCAGGAAUCCACGAGGAUAUGCCUUAAUAAUCAGCAUUGAACGGUUUCCUAAUUCUACAGCUAAUCUUGCAGAUAGGCAGGGCUCUGAGAGGGAUGUGCAAAUGCUGUCACACACCUUUGAAAGACUCAAGUUUCGUAUUGAUGUCAGACGCGAUCUUACUGGUUCUGACCUUGUUGCUGCUCUGAGAGAAUACGGGUCCCGUGAUCACUCAGACUACGACUGCUUUGUAUGUUGUAUGCUUAGUCACGGCAAGAAAGAUUUUAUUUAUGGAUCAGACUCGGAUCCGGUCAACGUUGAACAGCUCACUGGUCAAGUCAAUGGUCUUUCUUGCCCCUCACUCAGAGCCAAACCUAAGCUGUUCUUUAUUCAAGCUUGCCGAGGUACUGAUGACGAUACGGGUGUGGAAACUGAUGCUGUAUUUGAUGCUCAUACACAAAGGGAUGCCAUUGAGCAAGUGAAGAUCCCAUUGUCAGCAGAUUACUUGCUCGGCUAUGCUGCCCCACCGGGCAAAGUUUCGUUUCGAAGCACCACACAGGGGUCUUGGUACAUAUCUGCCCUUUGUGAGACUCUCAACACCUAUGCUGGGAGAGGCGUGUCACUCACUGAUAUGCUCAUUAUGGUCAACCAACGUCUUGCUAAUGCUACAACAAGUGACGGCUUCAAGCAAAUCCCAUCACCAAUUAAUCAACUCACAAAGCGUCUGGUGUUCACUCCUAUAGGCUAACCAAGGCAACUGUGACAAGAAAUACAUUUGAUAUUUGAUAUGAAGUACGUAGCAUUAUUGCAGUGUAGUAGUUGGUGUUUGGUGUUUGGGUUAGUUGUCACGUGGUUUUGUACCUUGUCACGUGAUUUUAUAUAAAACAGUCAGGGAACGGUGA